GGAGCAUGCGCAGGCGCGCGGGGCGCCCCGGACUGAUGGCGGAAGUGGACCUGGUAGCCGAGUUCCCCCAACCUGCCGGUGCUGCCCGAUAUGCCGAAGUUAUGGCUCGCUUCGCCGCCGGACUGGGCGCGCAGGGCCGACGGGUGGUGUUGGUUACGUCCGGAGGCACGAAGGUCCCACUGGAAGCCCGGCCAGUGCGCUUCCUGGACAACUUCAGCAGCGGGCGGCGCGGUGCCACCUCGGCUGAGGCCUUCCUGGCUGCGGGCUACGGAGUCCUGUUCCUGUACCGCGCUCGCUCGGCCUUUCCCUUUGCCCACCGCUUUCCGCCCCAGACCUGGCUGUCUGCUCUGCGGCCUUCCGACCCAUCUCCUUCGGGUUUGGUGAGCCUAGAAACUGAGGAGAAUGCACUCCCAGGCUUUGCUGCGGCUCUGCGAAGCUACCAGGAGGCUGCGGCUGCUGGCACCUUCCUGGCAGUAGAGUUCACCACUUUGGCGGACUAUUUGCAUCUGCUGCAGGCUGCGGCCCAGGCGCUCAAUCCUCUAGGAGCUUCUGCUAUGUUUUACCUGGCUGCGGCCGUGUCAGAUUUCUAUGUUCCUGCCUCAGAAAUGCCUGAACACAAGAUCCAGUCAUCUGGGGGCCCACUGCAGGUGAUGGGCGGUUCUCUUCCAAGAUCUGACCCCUAUAACCAAUCUUGAGUUAAUUCCCUCUUGAUCUGGAGAUGACCUUUCUGCAUUCCAUA